AGGUCCUACAAUUUCGUUUGUUGUACACUACCUACACUCGCACACAUGCACCAGAUCACACGUCCAAUUGCUCCGAUGAAAUUUUUAAAAUAUGACGUUAACUUCCCAAGCCACAAGGAAUCUCCAACCAUGCUGCACGACAAGCACAGCGGUGACAACAAGGAACAGAAGGAGGCACACGCCGGUGACGCCGUCCAGGGCUCCUACUCGCUGCUGCAGCCCGACGGCGUGCAGCGCAUCGACGAGUAUACCGCAGACAAGGAGCACGGCUUCAACGCUAUUGUGCGCUACGAGGGACACCCCGCGUUCGCGCCCGCCAAGCUCGCCUACACCGCCCCUGUGGCCUACUCCGCCCCCGUCGCUUAAUGAUUUUGCUGCACUAAAGUACAGGCGAGUUUUGUAACACAUUGCAUAACAAUUAUUAUAUCUUGUACUCUUGACCUGUAGUUAUUAAAUAAAUCCUCAAACCGUUUAAAUGUUUUAUUUAAAUGUGCAAUUAUUCUUGAAACCUCGUAAAAUAUUAGAAAUUAGAAGCUAUUAUUAUUAUCAUUCAUUCUUGUAAACUUAUAGUUACUUUUACCCACACUACCCACCCGUACUUACGAUAACAAGUAGCUCCGUACAAAUUAAUUGUGUUUGAUUAGAUAUUCUAAUAUUUAACUAGCAAUUAAGUGUUAAAAAAUUAUAACACUCGAGUAAAAGUU